AAGGUUUUCGCUGCUUUUAGGAUGCUUGAAUGACGUUGCUAAUAUAGUGACAUCAUGCAGCCUUUGCAACCUCUGCAGCCUGGAGCUUCUAUUGCUGCUUCUCGACGGUUUGUGGCGCAGAAUUGGAGACGCUUGAUAGCUGCACCAGCUCCUCGUGCCUUGAGAGAGCAGGGCGAUUUUAACGUCAGGCAUGCAACAGUUGCUGGCUUGAGCUGUUUGAGCUGCGUGUGCUACUCGCGCUUCCUGUCUCGGCCAAGCAAGUCUGUCAGACUUUUGAGGACACGUGCCACUGCGGUGACGUCGGCAGCUACAAUAGAAGAAGAAGUGGAGGAAGAUGUGGCAAGCAGUAGACGCCCAAGACUUCGGUUGGACAAGGAUGAUGCAGGCAAUCUUCAAAAGCUGAUGGUUACGACCCCACUGUUCUAUGCGAACGGUUCUCCGCACAUUGGAAGCGCGUACCCUGCGAUUGCGGCGGAUGUUAUGGCGCGGUAUGGGAAGCUGCGAGAAGCAGAAGUUCACUAUGUGACUGGCAUGGAUGAACAUGGCGAGAAGAUUGCGCGAACAGCGGCUGGUCAAGACAAGACUCCACAAGAGCUCGUCGACGGGAUAGCAACAGAGUUCCAGGAUUUAUGGGACUUGCUCAAGGUGCAGCCAGAUCAUUUCGCGCGGACAACUCCAGCCAAGCACAAGGAAAUUGUCCAUGAAAUGUGGCAGCGAUGCCUGGACAAUGGCGACAUCUACAAGAAAGACUACAGUGGUUUCUACUGCGUUGGCUGUGAAGCGUACCUGGAUGAGGAUGAGAUGUCAGAGGGACAUAUUUGCAAAAUACACCAAAAGGAAUGUGAGUGGCGCAGUGAAGAGAAUUACUUCUUCCGGCUCUCCAAGUAUUGGGGUGCAGUGCGGCAGCAUCUGGAGGAGAAUCCAGAUUUCAUUUUGCCCACCAGUCGCCGCAGCCAAGUUCUCGUGUGGCUGGAGGAAGACAACAAACGUGAUUUUUCGAUUUCUAGAGCUAGCACGUCUUGGGGAAUCCCAGUUCCAGGAGAUGAUUCACAGGUCAUCUAUGUUUGGUUUGAUGCGCUUCUAGGGUACUUGUCCUCAUUGCUGGGGCCAGAGGAUCCGGCAACCUUGGAUACCGUUCUGCAACGCGGAUGGCCCGCUGAUGUACAUGUCAUUGGAAAAGAUAUCAUGAGAUUUCACGCAAUUUACUGGCCAGCUAUGCUGAUGUCUGCAGGGCUUCCACUGCCCAAGCAUAUUUGCACGCAUGGGUUCCUGACAAAGGAUGGCUUAAAGAUGGGAAAGUCAUUGGGAAAUGUCGUGGAGCCCAUCCCCUUGGUGAACGACUUUGGUUCCGAUGCGGUUCGCUUUUUCUUCUCCAGUUGUCUCUCGUUUGGUCUAGAUGGUGACUUCAGCUAUGAGACCUUCAUCAAGAGAGUCAACAGUAGCCUUGCCAACGAACUUGGAAAUUUGGUCCAUCGAAUCUUAACGCUUCUACGAAAGAACCUGGCAGAUCCAGCUUCCCCAUUGGAUUUGGUGGACGACGGAGCUGUAUUCGACGAUCACCCAGUCCGAACUGCAGCAGAGAAAGCUCCAGAAGCUGUUGCCGCCUGCUAUGAGCAGACAGAUAUCCCCAAGGCCGUCGCCACAGCGCUCGAAAUCGCGACGGUUGCCAACGUUCGAAUGAACGAGGUUGAGCCUUGGGCAAAGUUAAAGAAGAACACUAGCGAUGAGGAGAAAAGUCUGGCGUUGCGCGAGCUUCUAGUGAUGGCAGAAGGUGUUCGCAUUUGCGCUGUGCUUCUUUCUCCUGUCACACCGGGACUAAGCGCAAAGAUUCUGGCCGAGUUCGGUCUUGGCCAAGGCCAGCUCUCCUGGAAGGACACUGCAUGGAGGUGGGAUGUGAUUCCUGGCUCAGUGGGGCCAAAGCCAACGCCCGUUUUCCAGCGCAUCGACUUAGAAGCCUGGCAGGGAAAAUGAUUUUCGUCGCUUCCAAGAUGCCAAAAGCAAGAGUGUCCCAUGGUAAGACGCUGGAUUAAUAGCGGCAAGCCCUGCUUCUCGGCAGGCUGAAUUUUCGCGACCAACUUGCGUGAUUGCUUGAGGGACAA